UAACGAAUGCCCGGGGCGCUAGGAAUCUUAUAAAACUGACGGGUUCGUAUCGAAGUAGUUUCAUUUGUUGUUCGAGUGUUCUAAUUCAGUAUGGCAUUUGUGUUAAGAUGUUUAGUGCUGCUGGUCGCUGUGGCUUUGGUUUCACCACACUCGAUAAAAUCACUGUUGAGCGAAUGCAAGAAAACGAUGGAGAUCAGUGAUGAACUGGAAAAAUCUAUUUUGGAGCUCACGUUUCCACAAGACGAACAAACCAUGGGUUGUCUAAUGCAUUGUUUCGGGAUAAAGUUGCAUAUAUUCGAGCCCGAGGGGGGAAUGAAUUUAACCAGUCUGGAGGCGGCACUAGCUGGAAUGGACGGCUCCAAGAAAGAACUCAGUGAGAAGCAACAAAAGUGCCUCGAGAAGAUUAGCGAUGAUAGCAAGGAUUCGUGUGGAAUGGCGUACAAUACCUACAAGUGCUUUGAGCAGGAGUUCAUAGAGCUUGUAAAGAUCGAUCUAAAAGAGCAAGAGUGAGCAGCGUACUUUCCAGUGAUAAUUUUAAUCAGAAAUACAUGUAUAUGUCAAUAUAUGUUUGAACGCAAUCCCAGCUGGUAAUGUAAACUACGAACGAUUCGCAUCUAAAUAGAAUACAUGCUUCCUUUAUAUUCAAGUUGUAAGCUGAUUUUUUGCUAACAUUACAUUCCAACCCUAUGUUAUUUUUACCCAUAUCAAGCUAGCGAUAAGAAUAAUGUAACUGAUCGUUCUGUAAUCAUUGAGACCUAGGUUGAUGUAUUCGAACCGCGCUAUAAAUGCAACUUUCCGAUCGAAGAUUGAACACAUAGAGUCAUCAAAUUUUCGUUGAAGAGGAGGACAACUACAACUGUUCAAAAUGUUGUUUUUCAUUCGGUCGGUUUUCGCCGCUGUUGUACUUUUCGCUAUUGUCGUGAUGGUGGUCGAAUCAACACCAACUCCAGAGAAAACCAAAAACAUGGAAAAUAAGAACAUUUGCGGUAAACUACUACGCACACCGGCGAACGACUUGGAGCUGUACCUUCAAUCGGAGUAUCCCGAAAAACAUGAUACUUUCUGUUUCGUUCGGUGUUUGGCAAUUUUGAGUGCAACGUAUGAUGAUGAAACUGGUGUCAAUUUGGCAAAGUUAUAUGAAUCCCUGGGAAAAGGAAUGACUGAACAGGAAUUCACCGAGCAGGCCAGCACCUGUUUGGCGGAGAAAGAGGGAGAACCCGAGGAAACGUGCUAUUGCCGGAAGGCUUGGAAACCAAUCAGCUGCAUCCACAAGCAGUAUCAUGAUCGGAAGAAUUCUGCCACUGCCUAGAUGGCGAUUUUUGAUAGGAUCAGUAGAAAAGUUAAAGCGGAUCAAGAUUAUGAGAGACAAAUAAAAUUAUAUUCAUUAUUGA